GCUUGCCACGUCCAGACAUCUCCGCAGAAAGGGUCUGCUGCAAACGGAGAAUUUGCCCCAAACCCGGUCUAUUUAUAGUCUAAUCGCAGGUUGUCCUCGCCACCUGAUUGGCUAUGACUGCAGAGCCAAUCAGAAAGUCUUACUGGAGACACUUCAUUUGCAUACUCGCCACUGCUGUCGUCCAAUCAGAUAGUGUUUGCCCUUACGUCAUUCCAGCCUUGUGCCUAUAAAUACCACUCUUCCCAGCCUCAAGUGGCGUUUUCUUUUUGGCUUCUCCUGGGAGCCGUCGUGUUUGAGCUGUUAACGUUGUAAAGCUACUUACCAGCCAUGCCGGAGUUGUCUUGUAAAGGUACUACGAUAUCCAAGAAGGGCUUCAAGAAAGCUGUCACGAAGACUCAGAAGAAGGAGGGAAAGAAGCGCAAAAGAUGCCGCAAAGAGAGUUAUUCCAUUUACAUCUACAAGGUGCUGAAGCAGGUGCACCCUGACACAGGCAUCUCCUCGAAGGCCAUGAGCAUCAUGAAUUCCUUCGUCACUGACAUAUUUGAACGGAUAGCUGGCGAGGCGUCGCGCCUGGCGCACUACAACAAGCGCUCGACCAUCACGUCCCGGGAGAUCCAGACCGCGGUGCGCCUGCUACUGCCUGGGGAGCUGGCCAAGCACGCCGUGUCCGAGGGCACCAAGGCGGUCACCAAAUACACCAGUUCCAAUGGCUUGCACCUUUACAACAACAUGAAAUAGUGACAAGCACACAUUCUUGCCAAAGAUUCUUCUGCCAUCAUUCUGAUUAAAUAUAUGUUGUAUUGAGGAAGAA